GUAUAAUCAUCGCAUGGGCUAUGCGCGUGUCUUCCCAUUAAGUCGCCAUUUUGAAAUUUAAUAAGAAAUGGAAAUUUGAAAAUAUUUCAUGCUGUUUGUUAGUAGAUACCCAGUGUGAAUUUUACUGAGAUAAUAAUAGCUACGUUCCGAAAAUAACACUAGACGAUGUCGGACAAAAAGCGUUUACUGAACGAUCUUAGAGUAAUAGACUUGCGUGCCGAAUUAGAGAAACGUAACCUAGACAAGAGCGGUGUUCGUGGUGUUCUGAUACAACGCCUGUCGAAGUAUUUGGAAGAGGAGGGACAUGAUCCGACCACUUUUAAAUUUGAAUUGACGACCUCUGACGCAAAGACACCUUCAAAGCGAACAAGGCGAACGGAAAGCUCCCUAGAGCAGGAAAGCGACGAGACGCCGCUUAUGGAAGAUAUGAUCGUACAGGACGACGCUGGGGAAGAAGAAGAAAUUGAACAGAACAUUAAACAAAAAUCAAGUGACGAACCUAACAGCAAAUCCAAUAUGGAAGUUGACGAAAGUGAUAAAAAUAGUAGAAAAAGAGAAUUAAAGGAUGAUCAAGAAACCACCCCGGCUAAAAAACCCUGUAUUCAUAAAGAAAAGAAUGAUGAAGACCAUAAAGAAAACACAGAUGCAGAUGAUAGUAUCAACUUAGAUAUUGGAGAUGACGAAUUACUUAAUGAGGAGACUGACACCAACACCAAAAGUAAUAAAAAAGAUGAUGGUGAGAACGAGGACAACACGGGGACGACCAACGAGAAUACCACACAGGACACUGCUGCUGCUGGCUGCGAUUCCAUCUCAACGGAGGAUCAUCAAGUUAAUGCAGAAACUUCAGCCAUUAGCAACGAGGAUGACAAACAUGAUAAUCAACAGAAAGAUGAGAAGGAAAAAGAUAAUGAAGGUGACAAAAAGGAAAAGAAAGAUGAAAGUAAAGAGAGUGGUGCUCGUAAUCUCUGGAUAAGUGGAUUAUCAGGGGACACUCGUGCCAAAGACCUGAAGCAACUCUGCAGUAAACAUGGAAAAGUAAUUGGAGCGAAAGUAGUAACAACAGCGAGAUGGCCUGGAUCACGUUGUUUUGGAUAUGUUACCGUGGCUACAGCACAAGAUGCGGAAAACUGCAUCAAAAAUUUGCACAGAACAGAGCUACAUGGUCGCAUGAUUUCUGUUGAGAAGGCUAAAUCGGAAUCUGAGUCGUCAUCCCGUAGACAACCAGUGGUGCGGCCUGAACGACGGCCAAGUAAGGACAAGAAGGAAGAAAGUAAAGAAAAUGAGGAAGUAAAAGACGAAAAUAAAGAUAUCAAAAUUAAAAAGGAAGGGGAUGUGUCAGCUUCUGAGAGCAAUCGCUCUACAUCUCGCACACGAGAAAAGUCUCAUCGCUCUGAUAGGGAAAAGCCUAAAAGGAGCACUAAAAGUAAUGAGCGAAGACGAUCCCCUAGAGAAGUGCUGUCAUUUUCGAAAAUAUGGAAAGAGCGUGACGUCGCCCGGGCCCGUGAGCGGUCCCGCGCCGCCCGCGAGGAGGAGCGCCGCCGUCGCGCCGCUGAGGAAGCCUUGCGGGAACGCGAGCGCCGACAGCGACAGGAGAAACAUCGUCUCGCGCUCGAGAGAGAGAAACUCCGUGCUGAACGUGAAAAAAUUGAACGUGAGAAAAAUGAACUCCUGCGAUUAGAGCGUGAGCGACAUAGAUUGGAACGUGAGAAACUUGAGCUUGAGAGGUUGGAACUGAAAAGAGCACAACUCAGAUUAGAGGAAGAACGUCGUAAGCGCGGGUACGAGAGCACCAGCGGCGGAGGGUCUGGCGGUGGUGGGUACCGCGGGGGUGUAGAGCCGGCCUACGAGCGCGAGCGGCACAAGCGGGCCGCUCCGCCCCCGCCCCCGCCGCCCCGCGCCCACUUUGACGCACCCCCUCCACCGCGCUUCGACACCGCGCCGCGCGACCGUGACCGCGACUACAAGCGCGACUACCCGCGACACGUCUCCUCGAGUGCAAUUAAAUACUCGAGCAACGGAAGCACUAACGAUGACGCGAGGCAACCAAUACCGCCUGGAACUAGACCGAAGGAACCCGGCCGUUCGUAUGACUCCCGUGAAAGUCGUUCAUACCGCCCGUCGCCGCCAGCCAAGCCAGAGGUUCGCUGGAACACUGCGCCGCGAUAUACUGAUUCGGCACCCCCCACCAAAGGUAGUAGUGGCGGCGGCGGUGGUGGCGGAGGCGGGGGCGGCGGCGGCGGCAGCAGCGAGGUGUGGAGCGGGGACACGCGAUACACCGGCUACGAGGCGCGCUCCUACCAGUCCUACCAGCCGCCGCCGCCGGGUGCCUCCUACCCCGACAGAUACGCACCGCCCUCUCGAGACUAUCCACGCAAAUACUAGGUCUGCAUACUACCGCUAACAUCAGUGUCCUUAGUGAUUUAACAAAAGUUGAAUGCAGUGCCGAUUUUCAAGAUCUAUUUGUGAUGGAGAAUUCGUAGCUUCGUAAAGUUUGUUUGUAACAUGUGAAUUAAGUCAUUCCGUAUUGUGUGCAUUGUUUGAAGAAAUUUUAUUUCAUACAUUAAAUACAUUAAAAACUUAUGAAGGUGUAAUAGUUUUAUAAAAAUGUAAAACAUGUGUAAUAAUGUGCAGGACUUUUUACUAUUAUAGAAUACUUAAAAGAGGUCUUUUAAGUAAUAAAAUUGAUCAAUAUGAAAAUAUUACAAAAAACGUGUGUUAAGUUUAGAAAAUGUGUAAAAUAUCCACAUUAAGGACUUCAGAAAGCAUAUUGGGAAUAAUUCAAUAAAAGGUACACCUACAAUUAAUAAAUGUGAUUUUUUUGUUUAAUGCA